UGUCACCUGGUAGCGCCGUCGUACCGCCGUCAAACUUCCGCUUGCGUCUGCCCGCUGUACACGUUGGAAGUUGGUGAAAAAUCGGACUUAUUGUGGUGCCAAAAGUGCCCCUUAUUUAUUUAAUGCGUGCGCUUCCUCGUCACUACGUCACAAUAUGUGCUCCAUGCGAAUGCUUAUAGCUUUUGUGGCCGUCGUGCAGACUGCGUCUGGUGUAGAGCUGACUUUUGAGCUGCCGGACAACUCUAAACAGUGCUUUCACGAGGACAUCGAGGCUAACAAACAGACCACAGUGGAAUUUCAGGUGGUCACGGGAGGCCACUACGAUGUGGACAUGACGUUGAAAGGACCGAAUGAUGAGACGCUGUACCAGGGUGUGAAGAAGCAGUUUGACACAGUCAAGAUCAACCCGAAGACAACGGGCACGUACACAGCCUGCUUCUCCAAUGAAUUCUCCACCUUCUCGCACAAGAUGGUAUACAUGAACUUCCAGGUUGGCGAGGAGAAGCCCCUGCCUGGACUCGGCGAACACUACACGGCCAUGACCAAGAUGGAGUCUUCAUCUGACAAUAUGCAUAAUAACCUGAACACCAUUGUGGACUACCAGACGCACCACCGGCUGCGUGAGGCACAGGGCCGCAAGCGUGCCGAAGACCUGAAUGCACGAGUGCUUUACUGGUCGAUUGGUGAAACUGUAGCCAUGCUGGCCAUUUUCAUUGGACAAGUCUUUGUACUCAAGGGCUUCUUCACAGAGCGCAAAACCAUCAUGUCCACGUAAAAUUGCUACACAAGCCCCUCCUGCCACACUGUUGCCAGCCGCUAUCCCCCUUUUCCAACUGUGCUGUCUUCGUUUUGCCCAUUUCCCUGUGUCUUUUUGUUCACUGGGAUAAUACAGCACAUUGCUGCUUGCUCUAUCACAGAACACCUGUAGCCUUACGUGGUAGAAGGCAAUGUCAAGGUGAUAUCUACGCACGGAGGGGGGAAGCGGGGGAACAGGACUUAGUCAUUGCACAGUUUACACCUUGCACUGAUUGAAGUGAGCGUUCCAGGAAUGCCAAUUACAAAUGGACAGCAUUGCGCAGACCUCAUUGAAGCAAAAAGAAGAGCAAACAUCUCAAUCCUUAUAUAUAUAUUUUCUUUUUUUUCCCUUUUUUUGUUUACCUGUUUGCAGUGCCAGGUGUCUUAAGAAGGCACAGAGUGUUAAGACAGCUAACGUUGACAGACUGGUUAGAGAAGGGAAACUGAGAGUCAUAUUUAUUGUCGCGUGGUUCUGAAGGACUGUGCGUCAUAGCUACUGCUCAACACGUGCUGCUAGUGAGGCGAUGACCAUCGAAGAAAAUGUAAAGCAGUGUGGUAGUGGAAGAUAGAGCAAGCUGAUUGGUGAGGCUUAGCCACAUGUCAGUAUCGGUUACCCAACAGGGCUCAUUGCCAAAGGGUGUCCACUAAGAAACUUCUUUGUCGGAUAAGGAACAUAUUCAGGAUGCUGUAUGACUGUCGAACGAGGCAUUUAUCUCUACAUUUUUUUAUGCAAUUAGACUGUUAGGCAAAUAUAAAAUUAAAACAGUCUGGUCCUUGAUGUCUGUACUACAAAUAAUAGAGAAUUCAUCAGAAAACAAUGGAGCUUCAUUAAAAGCCAUCGGAUGAGAUCAAGCCCACAAGCGUCAUCUGUGAAUAGUUAUGCUUAUGUAAUUCAUAGGACAUCACCAUGGCAGAUGUGAUGCUCUUACCAGCUAAAUGCUUGCUGUUAUGUCUUAACAAGUAUGGCUACUCCACGGUGCGACUUUCUGCCAUGUAGUGCUAUGAAUAUUUUCAUUUAAAGAAAGUGACGUGGCCCAGAGCCUAGGCUGCCUCAGUAGAAUAACAGUUUGUGGAAAAUUUGUCAUUGAGAGAGUGCUCAGACAAAUGUAGAAAGCAACGGGCUGUACUUGAAGCACAUAUCCAUUCACUGUCAUCAUGGUUGAAUGUCCUCGAGAAGGUAUGCACCUUAUUGUCACGUGUCCCUGUGCCUCUGCUCAUCCCAUGCUUUUCACAGGACAUGAUUAGUAUCUCGUCAAUCUGCCUGGUGUCCCUUAUGCCGUACCAUGUAAAUAUCUUUAUUUGAUAUGAGUUGUAGCAAAGAGUGACAAAUCUUUGUAAGAUGAACUGACGAGCUGAAGCACGGAAUUUAGAAGUUCAUACUUACAAAAGCACCUAUUCUAAGACCUGCAGGUAUUUGUCGUAGCUAAAUGUGGGAAAACGGUUUUUUUAUGUGAUCUGAAGACUACGUUGCAUUUGGAGAGUGAUCAAUAAAGGAAGCACUUGCACUUCGAGAA